CUCAGGAACGCCUUCCCGCCACAGGUUCCACCACUUGCACCUGUAAACAAACUGAUCCAGAGGGACGUGGAAGCUGUCCGUGUGAAAAAAAACUAAUAUCUUCGUGAGACUGACAUUCUCGUAAUAAGCUGACAUACUUGUGAAAAAGCUGACAUGCUUGCGGUGAAACCGACAUUCUUUUUGUGAAACUGACAUCUUUAUGGUGAAGGCGACUUGUGCGUGUGUCGGAGAUAACAUUUGUGAGACUAGCUUGGUGGGAUUGAUGAUGGAGGCUGGGACGCUACAUACUUUGGCUGGAAAGCUGGGGCUCUCUUCCCCGUCCACACUCAGGAAAGCAGAAGAGUUGAUUCGCCUUUUGGCAGUGCAAGGAGGAUCAAGGUUGUCCCUGAGUAUGUCUGGCAAGACUGUUAUAUGUCUGGAGAUGGCUGCCUCACUCACGGGUGCCUCGCUUGACAAGAACUUGGCCAUGAAGCUGUCGGGGCUGAAGCGUCCACAGUAUGUGGGAAUGAGCCAAACCGUGAGCCGCUUACUUAACGUGUCACCAAGAGUCAGUGUUACUGACCUUUGUAUCACGCACUCUGCCACUGCUGCCACAGACCUGGCAUGCCAUAUUCUCAAACAAUAUGAAUCCAGUAUUGGCAUGAGAAGAAAGGAUGUGGAUGUGAGCCUUCCCGUGUACCAGACUGCCGCUGUCAAUGCUGCCUGCAAAGUGAUGAAAAUCUCGGUGGAUAAACGCCGUUUGUUUGAAUCGAGUUGCAGCAAGAGGACAGUUUACCAACAGCUGGUGGACGCGAUGACUAAAAUAGCUCAAGAGAUUCACCAACAUAAGACAGUGAAGGGUGGCACCAAGCGCACCAGGACCCUUAUGGACAUGGUGGAAGAGAACCUCCGCGAUUGUUCUCCAAAAAAACGUAGUAGAGAGGAGAGCAAUGAAGAUGAGGAUGGGGAAGUUGAUAAGGAAGCAGACUUUGAGGCAUGGAAGAAAAAGAUUUUAGAAUCAGCUGCUGCUGCUACUGCGGCAGAGUAGGCUCUAUGCGGGUUGGUCUGUUUGGCAACGCAUUCCUUUGUAUGAAGAUCGAGAUGAGAAGAUGCAUGUCUGGUAAUUGAUGUGCUGCAUGAUCUCUGAUACAUAACAAGUUUGUAUUGGGGCUGAUCUGUUGGAUGUAGUUCAGCCCUUGUAGUGAUGGGUAAUUAACAGCCUGAGUGGCUGCUUCUUGGUUUUAUCAGUUGGGCUACAUGACCUCCACGAGGUAGUGGGUUAGCCUGACGUAAAUCUGGUUCAUGAGUGAUGAAAUAUGUGAGAAAAUUCAAGCUUAUGGAUAUAAUUUUAGUCUGAUCUCAUUAGCUUUCAAAAUGGAUUGUGUUUAUAUAAUAUAAAAAAAUUAUUGUGUUCAUUAUUAAGAAUUACACAGGAGUUUUAUUUGAACUUUGUUCAUAGCAGUAUAAUCUUGAAUAAUGUAUAAUAAUUAUUAGAGUGUGAAUGAUGAUAAUGCUGCAUUACAUUACAGGUGCUUGUAAGCUGUGUAGUAUAUGAACAGCAUUCCAAAAUAUAUUUUUCACAGGCACUUAAGCCAUGAAAGAUCGUGUUUUACUAUUUAGAACACUGCAUCACUGCUAAUCUUUUUACUGUAUUAGAGUAUUAUAAUAAAUUGGAAAAUAUG